AUGACCACAGCACACAGACCAACGUUCGAUCCUGCUCGAGGAAAAGAAGCACAGCGCGGACCAGCGUACCACCAACGUCUCCAGGCAGCACACACUCAGCUCAAAUACCGCAAAGCCGGUCAAGGAGGUGAUGCUGGGUUCCAAGAACGCGAUCUGCGCGCAGAGCUUCUAGCAGCAGAAGCAGCACAUUUCAGCAAAAAGAAUGGCAGUUCAAGCACAACUCCAGCUGUCGCAGGCUCGAAACGUGCGAUCGAGCAAGCCACAGACAGCCCAGACUCCGACCAGGUCCAAGAAGACGAAGAAGCAAAACGCAGACGUAUUUUGGAAGAGACACGAGAAAUAGACAAAGACGAUAGUGACGAGGACGAUGAUAGCAGCGAAGAAGACGAUGAUGACGAAGAAGAUGAGACAGCCGAACUCAUGCGUGAGCUAGAGAAGAUCAAGCGCGAACGUGCUGAAGCAAAAGCGAAAGAAGAGGCUGAAAAGGCUGCAAAAGAGCAGGAUCAGCGCGAGGAGGAGAUCGCAUACGGUAACCCAUUACUGAAUCCGAAAAGUUUUGAUUUGAAGAGGAGGUGGGACGAUGAUGUGGUCUUCAAGAACCAGGCUAGGGGCACGGAGCAGAAAACCCAGAAAGAAUUUGUCAACGAUCUGCUGAGAUCGGAUUUCCACAAGAAAUUCAUGUCCAAAUACCGUCGAAGGCUGCAGGCAACAAGGGUUGGCUAUGAUCGAGCAUAG